GCUCUGGGUCGUAGGCGCCGUCGUCUGUGCUCUUUUGUCGUUACCGUUGCUGCGGCGUCCCGGCCUUUUUGGUUUGCUCCAGAAGUACAAACACGUUGCCUUGGUGGUAGCCCACCCGGACGACGAAGCCAUGUUCUUUUGGCCGGUGCUCUCGCAGCUUUGUGCUGCAGGUAUCAACAUCAGCGUCCUGUGCCUAUCCACCGGAAAUUUCGACGGGCUCGGGAGCAUCCGGCAAGAGGAAAUGCGGCGAUCCUGUGCACGAAUAGGUGUGCGUGGUGAAUCUUUGGAAGUCCUUGACCAAGCCGAGUUGCAGGAUGGAUGGCGCGAAUGGCCUGCGGACAUCGUUGCUGGCAAGGUCAUCGACUUCCUUGAGAAGCGUGGCGCAAGUGCUGUGCUCACUUUCGACAAUGCCGGUGUGUCAGGUCAUCCAAACCACAUCUCUACCAGCUCAGGUGCGCAGCGCGCGCUAGAGCUUGUCCAUGCAGAUGCCAAACUACCUCAGUUCGAGUUGUUCCUGCUUAAGAGCGUGGGGAUCCACGAGAAGUACCUGGGUCCGCUUUGCUUGCUGCUGGGGCGGGAGUCUGUUGCCGAUGCCGCAGCUGUUUCUUGCAGCGCACCAGCUUGUUUGGCGGCCUUGGCCGUGCACUGGUCACAGCUGGUUUGGUACAGAGUCCUCUUCACUUUGUUUUCGCAUUACGCGUACGUGAACACCUUCUUCAGGUUCGUGCCAGGAAGCCCGGCGAAGGGAUCGGAUGCUGACUUGAAGUGUGCAAAGGAGGACUGA